GGUUUGGUAGCACUUUUUCAGAAUACUAAUUUAAGUAUUAAACAGAAUAAAUAAAACCUUUGCUGCAAAAUGUCUUUAAAUGGGUUUUUGGAGUUCUUUCAUCAGGGAAGGACAUUUAGACCCAAAAAACGUUUUACGUCUGGCACCAUUCGAUAUUCCCUUCACAAACAAGCCCAGGCAAGUCUUCAAUCAGGCAUUAAUUUACGACAAGUGGUGCGGUUACCAGAAGGCGAAAUUUUGAACGAUUGGUUAGCUGUGCAUGUUGUGGACUUCUUUAAUCGAAUAAAUCUCAUAUAUGGCACCGUUUCGGAGUAUUGCAAUGAUGCCACAUGUCCCACCAUGUCUGGAGGUUCUCGAUAUGAGUACUUGUGGGUGGAUGGUACACUGUAUAAGAAACCAACUGCACUUCCAGCCAAGAAAUAUAUUGAACUUUUGAUGGAAUGGAUUGAAACGCAAAUUAAUAAUGAGGCCGUAUUUCCGGUGUCUUCUGAUGUACCGUUUCCAAAGACGUAUCCUGGUCUAACCCGGAAAAUUUUAACACGGUUGUUCCGGGUUUUUGUUCAUGUUUAUAUUCACCAUUUUGACAGAAUUGUUAGCAUUGGUGCAGAGGCGCAUGUCAACGCUUGUUACAAACAUUUUUAUUACUUUGUACAAGAAUUUGAGCUGAUAUCAACUAAAGAGCUGGAGCCGUUACAUGAUAUGACUUCCCGGAUUUGUAAAGAUUAAAUUUAUAUCGUUUGAAAAUAUUUAAUUACUAAUAAAU